AUCGUCUACACAGUGAGUCAGUCGAAGGACUACAUAACUAGUACUAAAUCUCCAACGGUUUAGCCAAUUCUUAGAAGCAUUUUGUAGAACUCAUAAUUUCACGUCUCUCGAAACAGGGCAGCUCUUUCGUGGGUGUUCAGUAUUCACAGUCCUGCCAAGUCUUCUGUUCAGAGUAGCUUGGGUUAUUUGCCCGGUGCACAGCAAGACUACUGAAAAGAAUGCUGAAUUCCCUAUUGCAGCCUCGAAACAACGAAGCCUUUUUUUGUUUGUAGAGCACCUUCUCCAAGACUUUCAGACAGAGCCUUUAUUUCUAUGAUGGACGAACUGAACGAAAUAAACGGCUUAAAAGAGCACGUUAGCGAAAUAGUUGAAAAAUAUGAGCAACAAUAUGUCGCUUUGCAAGUUCUGUCGGAUUGUACGUGUGCUUCUUGAAGCAGGAAAAGUAAUUAUUUACUUGGCUGUUUGAACUGCUGGAAUCUGAGCCGUUUAUAUGAGGCUCGCUUGAGAAAGAUGACUCUGCGUAUAUUGGCGUGUCCAAUCUUGAGCCUCCAAAGUUUUGUUUAGUGUCCUUUUAAGAGACAAUAUUAUUCUCAGAUGACUCACGAGAGCUACCUGUAGAACGAUUGUGGAAGAAGACUGCAGGAAUUCCGCUGAUUUGAAAAAUAUCUUUUGGUUAUUGCUGAAAAUAUGGAGGAUUUUGUGGACAACGUAUUUGAAAUUAUGAAAUUGGAACCUAGCACUUUUCUUAUUCCGGAAGUUCGAGAAUCUAAAGCCUAUCGUCUCAUCGAUUCGUUUCGUACAACUGCCUGCCCUGGACUAUAUUUGAGAGUUAUAGUCAAAGGGAGCUCCAUAGAACAAGAGACUGAUAUUUCUACUGGUGGUUUCAAGAUUAAUAGCUGUGAAUUUAUAAUGAGAGCUCAAAGCAAGCAUGAGGAUUUGAAUGCGGCUACUAAUCUCUGGCCUUCAUCUUUGUUUAUAUUCCCGAUAUUUUAACUUCAAAAAGAAUGACUCUUAUUUGAAUUUUUAUUCACAAGUAUCUUUUGCUUGCCAAAAUGUCUUUAUUAAAAAAUCCUAUCUGAUA